CUUUGGACACAUUAGCCUAGAGAGUGUGAAGAACAAAAAGUGAAGUUAGCCAAGAAUCGUGCUGGAAGUUCCAGUAGGUGGACUCAUAAGGGAACGCUACAAAAGGACCAAUGGAUUGACGAACAAUCGAUUUGAUGGACGGAAGAACAACUCAUGUUGGUUGGGGGCGUAGCGUCGAAGAGAAAAGUGGUAAGUACUUACUCAUCCCCAGUCGAAUCGAUCCAAACUUCACGUUUUUGCGACUCCCCGGCUGUUGGGCGAUGGAUUUUCUUAAUGUUACUUUUUCCUUGUUCAUAACGUGACACGACAUUUCGUGAUUUUCCUUGAUCUUGUGGCAAAAAUGUGCGACUUUGAUCGAUCGCUUGGUGGGUUUUGAUGGGUUUUCUCUCAGCUAUAAUGGGCUCCAGCUAGUUUUUUGCGGAUCAAGUUCUCGAGUUGGAAUGAUCGAUCCAAACCACCACUGUAUAUAGUGCUCUGUAUUUGGCCGGAAGUUCUUCCUUUUGUCUCAUCAGGUGGGAAUGCGUAGCCCAUCCCGCGGCGAAGAAACUUCCCACAUUUGGUCCGCGCGGGUUGGCCCCCGCCCACAAAUCUCAUGAUUUCGCUGGCAAUGAACAGUUGAACUUGUGACUGUGAGGAAAAAAAUAAUUGGGGGAGAAGUUUGCUCGAUUUCCCAAAUGGGUAGCAGCUAAUCCUGCUCCAAUCCGUGUUUGUCCCCCACCCAUGAAGAAAAAAUCCUGGAAUCUGCGAGGAACUGAUCGCAAUUUGGCCAGAAAAAGAAAGAUCCCAAAGGAAAGUUCACUAGGUUCUACUGUGGAUCGAUGAGGGAAUAGGGAGAAAUUGUUAGCUACCCGCAUUGCUUGCGAGAUGGAGCUCCAGCACCAAACCCAUGAUUAAAGAUUGCGGCUUUCUCCAGCCAAAGCCUGGAACGCCACCAGCAUUCUUCUCCAAGAGCUCUGCCUUUGCUCUUGAAGAACACACAAACAAAAGCUUCCCUUUCAUUCAUUCAAGCUCAAAGCUCUGCUGCUGAUCUCUCGGGCUAAAGGAAAAGUGGAAUUUUUUUUUUCUGCUGCUCGCUUUCUCUCUUUUGGGUUUUGGUUUGUGUCAGUGCGAAGAAGCAGCUCUUUGCUUAAAGACUGCGUUGUUCUCUCAUGAGACUUUGUUAUCUCCUCUCUUUUCCUCCAUAGCCAGCCUACUUAUAUUGUGUCGUUUUCCACUGUCUUCACAACGCCCAGUUGCGAAACACCACUCUUUUUGAGCUGUUGGACGCUUUCAAAGCGCUCGCGAGCUCUUUUCUCUGCUCCAUCUCUCAUCUCUCUCUCUCUCUCUCUCGGAAAAAGGAUCCCUUCUUCUCUUUUCUCCCAAGAACAGCUUGCGCUUCCAGCAUUUCCUCGUUUUGCCCCGAGCUUUUGUUUUUUUCCUUGCGCACACAAUGCACACAAGCUGCUACCCGACGAGCAGCGAAUGGUGGGUUCUCGUUCACGGACUGAUCGAGCCAAAGGAGCAAAAGUUCUUCCUCUCCUCCUUCCAGAGGUGGAAUUUUUCUUCGGGGCCAUGAAAGGCAGGAGCUAUGCAAGGAGGAGGAAGAAGAACACAAGAGUAUAUGGAAGCCGAUGUGAAGAAGGGGGAGAAGGUCUAACCGGAAGAUCAUCUCCAUCUCUCACUCGUGAGUAACUCGACUUAGAACUUGGAUUUCCAGCUCCAGGGGGAAGAAAUGGAUGAUUUUGGUAGCAUUUUGGAGCGGGACUAUGGACUUGGUCGGGCAGGAAAGGGUCGAAUUGGCAGUAGAGGCAGCAAGAACAGCGGCAGUGGCCCAAAGUUUGAUAGCUCCGCUAGGUUCUCGGAGAGUUUUGGUAGAGCCAAGCUUGGAAAGAGCGAUUUUGGCGGAAGCUUUCGCGGCAGGAGCGAUCAAAACCACCACCACAAUCACUCCUCGGGCUAUGGCAGUUUUGGAUCGUCUUACAGCGUCUACGACGAAGUUUUCUCUUGCAAUGUCCACUCCACCAUCCCGGUGUUUGAGGACGUCUUCCGGGUGCCUUCGUCGAGGAUGAAGGUGUCGGAGCUCCGAGACAAUGAGAUCUUCCGGGGGAUUCCAACUCUCAAGAAGAGCAGCUCGAGAGUUACGUAUGAGGAUAUCUUUGGUGAGGCGCCGGAUGAUUUAUCGGGGCCGUUUUCGUUCGGGGGUGAUGUUGCCGGGGCCAAGAUCACCACUGCUUCCUCCGGUCUUGGGACUCCUCCACGCAAAGAUGCUGCUACUGUUGGAAGCUCCAAAGACGCUCCAGCACCUCCACAAGCUUUGGACGUGGCGGCUCUCAAGAAGCCACAAGGAUCGUUCCUUGGAAUGUCACAAAACGGCGAGCAGCAUCAAGAUCUCUCGAACGAUCAAUUCGAGAGAGCUUGGGUGAGUGUUGGUGAAGUGAGCCUGACGACCAGGCCAUCCGAUAUUCCUCCUCCAGUGCGAGCGGCACCAGCUCGAUCGCGAGCUUCCAAUCAAAGUUCUUUCGAAGAAGCUUGCCUGGAAAGGACUCACUCGGACUCGGGGCCGCCGCCGGUGCGAACUCCUCCACCUUUGCAACAAAACUCAUCGUCCGAGCUGCUCGAGCGAGUUCUCAAGGAGAGAAGCGCUCACGCGGAGCUGAGCAUCAGGGAGAAAGUUUUGGACUGGCAAAAGCACAACUUGGCCGAGGAGGAGAAGCUAACUUCUCCUUCGUCUCCACCACCGAGCUACGUCAAGCCGGAUACUCAUCCGAGCUCCAAGACAAGAGCCGAGACGCUGAGCAAACUUCGAGCGGAGCGAGCAGCCAUCGACAGGAUUGCAGCGGAAGUGGAGGUGGCGGCGGCGGAGCAAGCCAAAGUGAGAGCUGACAGAGCGGCGCUGGAGCACAUCGAGAGAGAUGCGAGGGCUGCCGUGUUCCAAUCUUCUCGCGAGGAUGGCAAAGAUGGCGAGCAAACUAUCAGGCUGAACGAGGAGGAAAAGGUGGCAGCUCCAAUCGAAGAAAGCAUGACUGGAUCGCAAGAAGAGGCUAGAGCAGCUGUGGAAGGUGAUGGCAAGGUGAUCAAAUCGGAAGUAGAAGAAGCCGAGAAGAGCUCUAGCGAAGCCAUCGAUGCUUCUACCUCCAGUCCAAUGUUCCGGGAAGAAGAAGCUCGAUCGAGCAAUGACGUUCCGGAGCGCGAGGAAGCAGGAGCUCCAUCAAGCAAUGACGUUAUGGAGCGCGAGGAAGCAGGAGCUCGAUCGAGCAGUGGUUUGGAGCAGGAGCAAGGCUCGACCGAUAAUGAUUUAGCGCCGCCAACUUUCGAGAACAAGGAUGAUGAUCAAGAACGUUUGUCGAGCUCCGGAGAAGCUGGAGGAGCGCCGCAAAUCCACAAGCUAGCGGAAGCAGUGGCAACAAGUCACGAGAAGGACCAGACCACCGACAGCGAAUCCAUCCUGAGCAUCGAUAGCUUCACGACGAACCAGCGGAGCGCGAGUACCCCCGGAUCAUCCAGCAACGCUCCUGGAUCCGGAGCAGCGGCCAAGGAUCAUCAGGAAGAGGCGGCUCCAGAGACUCCAGAGAGACUUGAAUCGACAAUGCGAGAUCACGAGAAGAGCAACAAAAGCUUGGAAGCGGAGGAGAGGAGGACGAUCGAGGAGCAACGAAAGCGAGAGCUUAUGGAAGAAGCUCGAAGGUCACGCGAGAGGAGCUUGGUGGCGAGGAUCACAGCCGAGGUUCGCGAGAGAGCGGCGCUGGAAGCAAAGGCCAAGGCCGAGAGAGCAGCGGCUAUGGAUCGAAAGAAAUCAUCGAGCGAGCAGCAGCAGCAGCGGCGGACCAAACCUCGAUUGAGAGAGCAAUCGAGCAGCGAAGUGGUAGCCAAGGAGCUCGAGGAUCGAGCAAACCCGGCAUCGUCGUCCUCGUCGCCAAGUUCUUCGUCCACAGCAAAAGGUGGCGGAGGAGGAGGAACGCGCGUUUCUUUGCGCGAACAGCUCGAGAAGGAGCGGCUGGCGCGAUCCGAGAGCUCUUCUGCUACUACUCCUCGUGACGAUCCAAAGGAUAGCGAGCACCACCGCCAAUUCGGGAGAGCGCUCCGCGAGGAUAGAUCACUGGUGGAGAGAAUGCGAGCCGAGGCUCGCGAGCGAGCGGCAGUGGCGAAGAUAGAACGCGAGAGGGAGGAGCGCGAGCGAGAGAGGCUCGAGAGGAUCGACGCUGCGAGGAGGCGCGAGAGGGAGAGGCUGGAGAGGCUAGAGAAGGAGCGCGAAAGGGAGAGGGAGAGGCUGGAGAGGGAGCUGGAGAGAGAGAGGGAGAUCGAGCGAGAGAAGGACCGAGUGGGACUGGAGGAGAAGGCGGCGCGGGAGAGAGCCGAAGUGGAGGCGGCGGUGGCGGCGGCGGAGGUGGCGGCGCGGUUGAAAAUGGAGAGAGCGGCGGUGGAGCGAGCCAACGCCGAGGCACGGGCGAGAGCCGAGCGAGCGGCCUACGAUGCUGCUCGAGCUCCAGUGUCUUCCAGCUCUUCCAGGCCGACGAGCGCUCCCAAGCAACGCUUCGCAAACUCGGCAUCGAUGCCUACGUCUGGAAGCCAAACCGAGAAUGGAGGCAUUCGGAGGACAAGUUCGAGCACAAACUUGGAGAGCGAUCGAACCAGCAAUGUCAACUCAAACAGCAGUUUCUCUCGCGAGGAUUUCCAAGAGUUGAAAGGAGAGACGCCAGAGCGAAGGAAAGCUCGCUUGGAACGCUACCGGAGAACCCAAAACCGCGCAGCACAGGCUUUGGCACAAAAGAACAAGCGCGAUCUGGAGCUCCAAUCCGAGCAAGCCGAAAGACAAAGAUUGGCCGAGAGACUCGACAGCGAUAUCAAACGGUGGUCUGUAGGAAAAGAUGGCAACAUUCGAGCUCUCCUUUCAACACUCCAAUACGUUUUGUGGCCGGAAUCUGGAUGGAAGCAAGUAACUCUCACCGAGCUCAUCAAUCCAGCCGCAGUAAAGAAGGCCUACCGACGAGCAACGCUGUGUGUUCAUCCGGACAAAAUGCAGCAAAAGCACGCGAGCGUCCAGCAAAAGUACAUAGCCGAGAAAGUCUUCCACAUCUUACAGGUGGCGUGGAAUCGAUUCAAUUCCCAAGAGAUGCUUUGAACUUGCUGUGAUGAUCACGAAUGAGUGGUAGACUCUCUUUAGUCGUAACUACGAGUGUGAGGCGAACGAUUCAACAUGUAUAAAACGCGCAGACAAAGAAGAAAGAAGACUGGCGAUCCAUCCAUCCUUCGAUUCUCAAAUGGUUGGAUCCCAAUAAGCUCAAAAGUUACAAUCUGAGAAUUUUUUGGGAGCGAUCAUACUUUUGCUCGUUCCUCUUAGAACAUGAAAUGUAAAAUGUAGCAACAGCAAAACAUCAUUUUCCUGA